AUGACGAAACAAAUAUCUGUUGCAUUUGUUUGCCUGGGGAACAUCUGUCGUUCUCCAAUGGCUGAAGCUGUGUUCAAAAACAAGGUUAAAGAACAUAAAGUUGAAGAUAGAUUUGGUGUGAUAGAUUCGUUUGGCACUGCUGGAUAUCAUAUAGGAGAAGAACCUGACUACCGUAGUGUCGCUACUUGUCGCAAGCACAAGGUUCCUGUGGAUCAUCGCAGCCAAAAGAUCAAGGCUAGUCAUUUUGAUGAAUUUGAUUUUAUUAUUUGCAUGGAUAACUCUAACAAACGAAACUUAGAAAGGUUAAAGCCUACCGGAAGUAAAGCAAUGAUACAUUUAUUUGGAGAGUGGAACACUGAAAACAAAUUCAACAAAAUUAUUGAUGAUCCUUACUACGGCGGAAAUGAUGGUUUCGAAUAUAAUUUCAAUCAAAUAUCUUAUUUUAGUGAUGAAUUUAUCAAGAGGGAACUUUAA